CGCGUGCUCCUCCCUAAAACCAUCGAUCCAGAUCAGAGUCGCAAAUCACCGGCUCGAUCGGUGGCGGCGUCCCUAGACCCUAGACGUCGCCGCGCCCAACCGGUUCCUCGUCCUCAACGCCGCCAAGCUCGACGACUUCGCGCUGCAGGGCUCCGACCAGACGACCAAGUGCUUCCCCGCUUGCCUUGCUCCCCCUGCACGGAAUCCCAGUACUUUGCUUAAGGUUUUGAUCUGCCCAGAGCAACUUCAACAAUUGAGUUUGACAUGGUGCCAGUCUGUCGGAGCGGGUUUGCGGGCACGAGAUCGGCAUCUUAAACAUUGUGUAGUUUCUUAGGGCUAUAGCUACCUCAGAAUUUCCUGCAAAUUGAUUGAUUGAAACUUUGCAAGUUAAAUAUGUCUUAACAUUUCUUAGUUGAUUGAUUGAAAUCCAUGAUUUUGUGUUUCAAACAAUUUUAGAUUGCACUCGAGGAGCACUACUAUGAAUAUAAUUGUCAGUGAAGUUCUCAAUACUUGCAGAUCCUACAGUUAUAUGGUUUAAUACUUAUUACAGGUGCUUGUAUACUUAUUCAAGCUUAAGCAUUUCCUGCAAUCAUAUAAGGAUUGUUAUUUACAAACUGUACACUGUGUGCUUUAAUCUCUAAGUUGGAAUGGCACUUUUGCACUUCGAUGUUUUGCAAAAAGGGCCAUGCGUCAUACCUUUGAUGGGCGCCCCCAGCACACAGCUAACGGGCCAAGGAGGGCCCAAGGAGGGGCGCUGAGCAGCCCCACAUUAAUGUAGGAACACAUUAUUAUCCUGGUUGGGAAGCCCAUCCAUUCUCGGCUUCCCAACCAAGACAAAGAUUGUGGGACUAAAGCACAUCCUUUAGUCCCUGGUCACAUAAUCAGGACAAAAGAUAUAACUUUAGUCCCGAUUAGUUAUACCAACCGAUACUAAAUGGUUUUCUACUAGAGCCCUCGUGUGCCGCCACGUAUUGUCCACAGACCAAGGGUUGCUCUUCUUCAACAGGAACCUCCUGAUGGCUUUUCACCAAGGCGGUUCUGCAAACAUGUCCUGGCUCUUGGCUCCCAUCCUCCACCGAUGGUGGGUUGACACAAUGGAGUCCUACCUCCAUCCUACUUGGAUGGCCAUGGCUGCAUGGGCGUUCCAUGCCUCCUACCACGCUGGUCUUCAUAGACAACCUCAACCACCAGCUCGUUCGAGUCGACGACAUCCACAUCACCCUAUGCCUUGACUCCAACCUGCAUCGCCUUUCGCCAGGAGAGUUUGACUUGGGACACUUCAUGUUUGGCACCAUGUUGGACUUAACAAUGACGCCAUCUACACGCUCUAGCACCACGAUUUGGCACCGACUCCCUACCUACAUCACACUCGAUGCCGACAACCGCAUCCACGACUUCGCCACACUGCCUAGAGAGAUGCUACACUUCACCUUCGGCGCGGCCAUCACUCGACCACUCCUCGUCGCAGCUCGUCAAGCAACACGAGUCGUACAUCGGCAAUCUCCUCUACUGCUUCGAGUUCAUGCCGACAUGCACAAGGGAGAACAUCAUCAUCUCUGACCCCUUAUACGGCACCAUCUUCGCCCGCAUCAACGCUAUACUCCCAGGGUGUGCCUUUCCUCCAAAUGACAUCAACGAUUGUAUAUUACUUUGGCAUGAGGACACACCGAGUGGAGAAGGGGUGAUGUCAUACCUCGGAUGGGCGCCCCCAGCACACAACUAACGGGCUGAGCAAGGCCCAGCGAGGGGCACUGAGCAGCCCCAGCAUGCCCUAAAGGGACCGCGAGUGCGCCAAGGAGGGACGCCACCACCCUCGCUGUCAUUAUCUCCUAGAAGGAGUUACCGUAAUAGAGUUCACCUUUCCUCCCAACGCCACCAACGCUAGCCGCCAGUCCCCUCCACCAUAGCCGCAGCCCCCCUCCCCCAGGAGGACCCUUACACCAUGUCUGGAUGGUAAUAAUCAUCUUGGAGGGUUUACAAUGGUGUUUCAAUGUGGAGAGUAAAUAGAAAGAGAAUAUGGUUCGAAAUGAAGUAAAUAGUUUUAGAAAUAGCUUAGGGUACCCAAUUUAAACUCAUUUAUUAGCUUUUUAUUAUUUUUUGAAAAUGAUCAAAUCAGCUUAAACUUGUAAAAUGCAAAACACACACACACAAGUAUUAAUUAAAAGGUGAAACCAAUUUUGUUAGGUUUCUACGAACUAAACCUACAUGAUGCAGGUAAUAAAGAUCAAAUCAUGCAAGUAUUAAACUAAAAAAAGUGAAACCAAUUGUGUUAGGUUUCUAUAAACUAGAUCUACACAAUAUAGGGGAUAAAGAUCAUGAAACGAGCUUUCUAUUUUCUAUGUAUAAUUAGAUUUGUAGAUUUCUUAAUAUGUUCCUCUAAGACGCAAGGCACUUGCAUUGUUGUAGACGUGGAUAAAGAUUCAUGUUCUGGUGCAACAUACGGACGUAUAUCUAGGAGGGAGAAAAAACAGGGGCUAAAAUCGAUGGGAAGUCAUGUUUGAUGGAUUAUAAAGAUUGAGCAGGUUAAAAAAAAUAUUGCGGGAAGUUGCGGAUCGCAGAGAAAAUAUGGGCCUACCGUAACUACGCAGGCACAGGGGAAAACCGGAGGAGACGGCGGGGGAGAAAACUGGGAGAGCCAGAGGCCCUUCUUCCGUUUCCAAUAAUCUCACCGAAGGAGAGAGCAGCACAACGGCCGUUUUCCAUCGACAGAUGGGCCAUAAGGCAUUAACGAGCGCCUCCGGUUUUAGGAGGACGAGCUGGCCUAAUCAUCCAUCCAUCAAGAUGGGUGGGAAGGGGCCAAGGCAGGUGCUCCAAGCCAGCGCCGCGACGAAAGGCCCUAGGCGGCUGACUGAGGUCCCAGCUGAGACGAGCCAACACCAAGCGAUGGAGAAGAUCACCGCCACCAUCAACGCCAACCUGCUGCAGUGUUGUGUAUGCUCUGGUCCAUUGACGCCUCCCCUUUUCCAGUGCACGAAAGGCCAUGUCUCAUGCUCACGGUGCUGCCCCGCCGAUGGGUAUCUGGACGACGAGGUUGAAUGCCUCAUGUGCGAUGAGCCAGAGACGGCCACCCGCUUCCGCGCCAUGGAGCACAUCCUCGUCGGCAUGCGCAUGCCAUGCCCGUUCCGGCAGCACGGGUGUGCCAAGAUGAUACCCUACGCGUCGGUGCAAGCCCACAAGGCGUCGUGCGUCCAUGCCCCGUGCCAUUGCCCCAUCUCUGGCUGCACGGGCUAUGGUAGCAAGCCCCUCCGCGAGCACAUUCGACAGGACCACCCUGGCGUGGUACGCACGAUCAUCUCACCACAUUGCCUCACGCCGCUGAGGAUGCACGCGCAUGAGCAGGCUCGCAUGGUGAGACUCGGCGACAGUGACGGCAGCCCGGAGUUCCUGGUCAUCGUUGGCCAGUACAAGCAGCUGGGGCGCAUGCUGUCGGUGGUGCGCCUCGUGGAUGAGUCCGUCGUCGAGCAGGAUUUCAAGCACAGGAUCGAGGUGGUCGGCAACGCCGGUGUGCUGUCGCUGUCCGGUGAGACUCUGGACGCUGAGCGGCUGAAGGAGCCGUACAAAGCGAGCCCGUUCCUGUUCGUCCCCAACGAGACCUGGGACUCUCCUGAGGGCAUCCGUGUGUUCAUCGAGCUGAAAUGAAGUCCCCAUUUGGAAAGUCGUGAUUUAUUUUAUCCUAUUUUUCACAAGAACCUAGACUCUGCAUCCAACUUUUGCAUUCCAGAUAGACUUGAAAUGGUGCCCCGAGCACCCGUACUCCUUUUCUUUCAAAUGGUAAGUCAUUCCAUUUCAUAUGUAGUUUUUGUUAUUCAGCUAAGAUAAGGUUACAAAAGCUGGCGGCCCUGUGGUAUUCAGUACUUGGUGUUUGUUUCGCUGGUGACUGAUUAUGUUACUUGUGUUUGUUUCAAUUGGCAUGGGCGGCCCUGUGGUAUUAAGUACUUGGUGUUUGUUUC